UUUUUACUUGUAUAGACAUGUACCGGUUAUCAUGCUAAAAUACUAAUCUACUUUCUUUGCAUAGCAGCUUCAGACAUGAAUAGGAUACGGAUCCAUGUUUUGCCCACAAGCAGGGGCCGAUUGACCCCUGUCUCCAGAACUCAGGAACCUUUGUCUUGCUCAUUUGCACACCGACCAUGCACUCAGGCCAGGUUGGAGGGCUAUGAAUUCUGCAUCAAACACAUUCUUGAAGACAAACAAGCCCCUUUCAAACAGUGUAGCUAUGUUUCCACCAAGAAUGGUCGUCGCUGUUCCAAUGCUGCUCCUAAGCCUGAGAAAAAGGAUGGAAUAUCCUACUGUGCAGAGCAUGCACGCAGGAAUGCAUUGGCCAUUCAGGCCCAAAUGAAAAAGUCCAAUCCUGGACCAACCAGUGAGUCUCUCUUAUACCAGUUAAGUGCUUAUUCUCGUAGUGAACUUGGUACACAGGCACAGGACAACAGCAGAAGUGAGGCCAGCAGGAUUCUUGAUGAAGACAGCCUAAGUGACAGUGAACAGGACACUGUAACAGUAGACCAGACGUGGAGGGGGGAUCUAGACAGUGAAGCUGACAGUCUGGACAGUGAUCAGGAAGACCCUCUGAAGCAUGCUGGGGUAUAUACAGCUGAAGAAGUGACUCUUAUAAUGCGUGAGAAGUUAAUUCGUCUUCAGUCUUUGUAUAUCGACCAAUUCAAGCGGUUGCAGCAUUUACUUAAAGAAAAAAAACGGAAUUACUUGCACAGUUUGAAAGCUGAAAAUGAAACUAUUGGGAGCAGCCUUCUUACUGGUCCAGAGGGUCUUUCUUCUAAAGAACGUGAGACGCUUAGAAAGUUGAAAGCAUUACGACGCUACAGAAGGCGUUUUGGCGUUGAGGCGCUACUUCAUCGACAGCUGAAAGAGCGACGCUUGUUGGCUACUGACGGAGCAUCCCAGCAGGCUCACACAACACGCUCCAGUCAACGAUGUCUGGCCUUUGUUGAUGAAAUACGCUGUUCUAACACUAGCCUCCCCAUGACAAGACAUUGCUUGUCACAUAUCUGCCAAGACAGCAAUCAGGUUCUGUUCAGACUGUGUGCAGGUUCUGAAGAAGUCCCUUGUAACAAACCACAACCAGUCAGCCUUUCUGAAGAGCCAAGAUGUCCUCUUCAUUAUAGGUUGCCUUCUCCAAUGUACAAGUCUGAACCAGUUCUGACUGUUCCGGUGCAAAUGGAUGUAGCUCCUGUGGAGCUGUACAUGAGCGCUGCUGAGUUGCAGCCCACUGAAAAUUUACCACUGGAAUUCAGUGAUGACCUUGAUGUUGUUGGGGAUGGUAUGCAAUGCCCACCCUCUCCGCUUCUUUUUGACCCCUCUGCUGACCUUGCUGUGAAGGAUAUUUCAAGGGCACCACUUGACAUACUUGCUGAAGAAUCUCAAAGGACCCCUGGAAACCAGUCUCUCCUGACAGCACAGUCUCUGGAACGUUCAGGACAGAGUCAUAUGCAGACAGAUGGGGCAUCCUCUUUGUUGCUUGCAGACCGUUCCAGUGACCACCUGUUAUCGCCAGUGUUUUCUACACCUAAUGGAAAUGUGGACUCUUCCUCAUUCACUUAGCGAACAGAGUGGGAAUGAGGGUUUAAAGUUGUUCAAACAUUAACAUCUAAUCAACUUAAUGUGAUUGUUUAUUUUCCACCACCUUAUGGAAGCUAAAUAAAAUCCCUACGUUCCUUCCAAAUGAUAACUGGAUGGAUCUCAACUCAAGAUGGCCUUAUCUCCAAUACGUUUAAUGCCAGUAAAUGUUUAUAUAUACAGUCAUAAAAUGAAUAACUCCUUAAAUGUUACUUCCACUUUUUUGUUAACCUGCUUUGCCAAGGUUUUCCUUUUUAUGAUUGGUACUAGCAUUUUAGAAACUACAGAAAAUGCACUACAGUUGCAGGGAGCAAAUGUAUAAAUCUAUACAGAGUGUCAGAAAUACUAAUGAAAGGUUUUCUUCUCUCCAUUAAGGAGUAUUUUUACUACUAGUGUCUUACAAGCUGGUUUCUGUUUGCACCAUUCCUAGUAUUAAAUAUGACUGAAAUAUUUCAUAUUUUAGGUAUCACACCUUACAAUAAAGUAAUUGUAGUUCUGAUCAUUU